AUGUCGUUGGAAACGGUACCAAAAGAUCUUCGUGGAUUGAGAGCAUGUUUGGUAUGCUCAUUGAUCAAGACUUUUGAUCAGUUUGAAUAUGAUGGGUGCGACAACUGUGAUGAAUUUCUACGACUGAAGAAUAAUAAGGACAAUGUUUAUGACUGCACUAGUAACAAUUUUGAUGGGAUGAUAGCUGUUAUGAGCCCGGAAGAUAGUUGGGUCUGCAAAUGGCAGCGCAUAAACCGAUUUUGUAAAGGAGUAUACGCAAUAUCAGUAUCAGGAAGACUACCAGCUGGUGUUAUAAGAGACAUGAAGAGUCGUGGCUACGUUUACAGACCAAGAGAUACAAGCCAGAGAUAA